UUGCCUUUUAAACCGUCCUCGCUCUCGCCACGGUCCGACCCCGCUCCUCCUCUGCCGGUAGCGCACAAUAAGAAGGCUACGGCGCGCCAUUCCGGCGGCGGAGGAGGCGAAGCUGGGGCGGCGGAGAUGGGCCAGGCCCCGAGCUGCGGCCGCUCGAGCUACGACCACGACUUCCUCAAGGCCGUGGAGGCCGGGGACUUGGCAAUUGUGGAGUCUUCGCUGAGGAUGGAUCCCGACAUCCUCCACAAGACCACCCUCUACGAUCGCCUCUCCCCCAUCCAUAUAGCUGCGGCCAAUGGGCGACUCGAGGUCCUUUCUAGGAUUCUGGAUCUAUCUGUUCAUCCUGACCUCCUUAACCGGCAUAAACAAACUCCUUUGAUGCUGGCUGCUAUGCAUGGGAAGAUCGCCUGCUUGCAAAAACUCCUCCAAGCUGGCGCAAAUAUUCUGAUGUUUGAUUCGUUGCACGGAAGAACUUGCUUGCAUUAUGCUGCAUAUUAUGGCCAUUUGGAUUGUUUGCAAGCGAUUCUGGCAGCUGCUCGGUCCACUCCGGUAGCUGACUCAUGGGGAUUUGCCCGUUUUGUGAAUGUUAGAGAUGGCAAGGGGGCAACAUCAUUACAUCUUGCAGCAGGGCAAGGGUGGCCUGACUGUCUCCACAUUUUAUUGGGCAAUGGGGCUUUAGUCAGUGCAUCAACUGGUGGAUACAGCUACCAAGGGAGCACCCCUCUUCACUUGGCAGCUCGUGGGGGAUAUCUGGAUUGUGUUCGGGAAUUGCUUGCAUGGGGAGCUGAUAGAAAACAAAGAGACUCACCUGGGAGGAUACCAUAUAUCGUUGCUUUAAACAGAAAGCAUGGGGCUUGUGCGGCUCUACUAAACCCAUCGUCAGCAGAGCCCCUGGUUUGGCCUUCACCACUGAAGUUUAUAAGUGAACUCAAACCAGAUGUAAAGGCACUAUUAGAGGCAGCUCUCAUGGAUGCUAACGGGGAAAGGGAGGAGAACAUAUUGAAAGGGACCUCAUAUUCAUUGCCAUCCCCUGUCCAUUCAGAAGGCGAGAUUGAUAACGAUAAUGCCUCUGAGGCUAGUGACAUGGAGCUUUGCUGCAUCUGCUUCGACCAAAUCUGCGCCAUCGAGGUCCAAGACUGCAGGCACCGGAUGUGUGCCCAUUGUACAUUAGCUCUUUGCUGCCACAGCAAACCCAAUCCUGCAACCUUGUGUUCACCUGCUCCCCUCUGCCCCUUCUGCCGCAGCAGCAUAGCCCAAUUGGAGGUUGCGACAACCAGGGCAAGGGAGGAGGGGGACAAGGACAGUGUCUCAAAGCCAUGCAAGUCAAGGAAGUCUCAGAACUCGAGCAGCGAAGGAAGCAGCAGCUUCAAAGGCUUGUCUUCAGCUAUGGGCUCGCUUGGAAAGAUGGGCAACCAUGGGUUAGGAAGGAUAGCUGAUGUUGUGAUAUGAUGGAGAAGCCUUAGAGGCCUUUGGCACUCAUCAAGUAGAUUAUCAAUGCCAAGGGAUCGCCCUAUCAAAUUAUAGAGGAUUUCAUUCCUUGUUUAUACUUUGGCAUUAUUAUAUGCGCAAGAGGGGAAAUCAAAUAAGCAGUCUUCUUGCAGCUUUCGAGGUCGGUAUUGUAUGUUGCUGUGAAGCUCAAGGCCUAGUUCUUUUUGUGUAGAAAUAUAUACGUCCCCGGAAUAAAAUUGUGAUGUAUAAUAUGCAAGGAAGGCUGCCCCUUCAUGCGGGGACUCAUAGUCUUCUGUGUAAGCUUUAGCUAUUUUGUUUGAACCAUCUAAAGAGAGUGAAAGGGUGUGCCAUUUCAUGAUUCGAAGUGCACAAAGGACUUGUUGGAUUUUGUUUCUCA